AUGUAUAUGAAUAUAUUAUCUAUUGUUAUAUUAACUUGUAAAACAGUUUCAUUAAUAUGUUUACUUAUAUCUGUUUAUGCAUAUCAUUGGUUUCAAAUUGAUAAUUAUUCAGUAAACAAAGAUUUAGUUCAAGAUUUAUGUAUUUCAUAUGGAGCAUUUUGUAAUUUAGAAAAUCAAAUGCCAUUACCACAUUUAAUUGUUAUUGCACCUUGUAUACUUUUAAUUAUUAGUCUUUUAUUAGAAAUUAUUAAUCUUAUUUUAUUCUAUUCAAUAUGGUCACGUACUCCAACAUUAUUAAAUUGUUUUCUUGAACAAACAAGUAUUGCUUUAUUAUGUGCUGUUACAAUUCAUUGUAUUUGGGUUACUAUUGUUCAUAUUCGUAUAUCAAUUGAAAUGCGUAUAGUUCAUCUUCAUUGGACAUUUUUUGCUUUUGGAUUAGCUACUAUUCUUAUACCUAUUGAUUGUAUUUGUUCGAUAGUUCGAAUUAUGAAUAAUUGUCAAUAUGAUGAAACAAGUAUAACAAAUCAUGGUAAACAAUCUUAUAGACAUAAAUCAAUUAUUGAUUAUAUUCGUUAA